UCAUGGGGGAGAUGUCCCUUGCAGACAGGACUGCAAGACCCGCUCCUGCCAGGUUGGACUUUGCCUCCAAACGUGGCGCAGCCUCUUCCAUUGUGACAUCACCCACUGCCGUUGUGUCACAAAGCAGCGUCAGCGCUGAGGUCGGCACAGCAGGGGAUAAGACCAGGGGUCUCCCUGCGCCUCGGUCACUCUCGAUCUUGAGGGAACCGAGAUCGCAGAGUUUUUGGCUCAUUCCUGAGCAAGGAAGAUGCUUGUUACCUGCACCUCAGCAGGUACCAAGGGACACACAGAGAAGGUUGAACGUCUGAACGGGACGAUGAAGGUUCUCAAGGCAACAACCCUGGUGCUGCUCCUUGGUAUCUUCUCUUUCGGUGUUUACCACGUGGGACGACUUGGUGCCUUAACCCCCUGGAGCACUGCAGACCUGAGCAAAGCCCUGCCCCUGCCAGACCAGCUCCGUGAGGUUCAGGAACAGCUUUAUCAUCUGCGCUGGAGCGCUAAGGAUGUGGCUGAGCAGGCUCUGCAGGAAGGACUGAAGCAGGCAAAGCUCCCAGGCGUUACCGGACGGGCUGUUCACGAGAUCAUCACUCAAGCCCUGGAGAAGCUGGAGGCAAUCCAAGUCCCGAUGCCGGAUUACGCCCUGAAAUCAGCAGGGGCAGCUGUCAUUCAUUCCAAGACUUCUCCAUCCUUCCGAACUGGCAAAGCCAAGUUCUUCUUGUACUCCCUGCCGGUGAUGGAUUACAUGAGGUCCCCUGAGCUUAUUCUGGAGCCAGACAAUCAUCCUGGCAACUGCUGGCCCUUCCCAGGAAGUCAGGGACACGUGUUCAUCAAGCUGUCCAUGCCAGUCAUUCCCAGAGCCAUCACCAUGGACCAUGUCGCAGGGACAGCAUUCCAUGGAGAAAGCAUCUCCGGAGCUCCCAAGGACUUUGCUGUCUAUGGCUUCAAGGAAGAACACGAGGAGCAGGGAAAGUUCCUGGGACAGUUCACUUUCCUGGCAGCACUGAAUCCCAGUCAGACCUUCCAGCUGAAGAACGAGCUCCCUGGGGUCGUGAAUUACAUCAGGCUGCAAGUGCUGAGCAACUGGGGCCACCCGGACUACACCUGCCUGUAUCGGUUCAGGGUGCACGGUGAUCCGCCCAAAGACGGGGGAGACACGGCAGUUUCAUCUGUCAAUAAAUUCCAUUAG